CAUUAUGGGCCACAGUCCAGAACCAGCAAGGGGGUUCAGUGCUGGAUGUUUGGGGACAACACCAGAGUGCUCCACACACCUCAGCAAGGUCCACUGCCUCUGGCUCCAACCUGCGGGAUAGCUUGGCACCUACCAAAUAUUCAUCCUCCACCAUGGAGAGGAAGAUGAGCGAUAGGAGUUGCAGCAUCUCCAAUGAACUCCGCCUGGAAGGGAGAUUCUGUGAUGUGAUCAUCAGUGUGGAUGGGGUGGAAUUCAAGGCUCACAAGCUCAUCCUCUCUUGCUGCAGUAUCUACUUCAGGACUCUGUUUACCAACUGGGACAGCGCAGACAAGAUGGUCUAUCAAAUCCCUGGCAUUUCAGCUGAAAUGAUGGGUCUCAUCAUCAACUACGCCUACACUGGGACAGUACCGAUCACAGAGGACAAUGUUGAGAGUUUGCUAGCUGCAGCAGAUCAGUUCAAUGUCAUGGGCAUCGUCAGCCUGUGCUGUGAGUUCCUCAGUUCCAGGCUGUGCUUUGAGAAUUGCAUUGGCAUUUGCAGACUCACUGACUAUUACCACUGCCCCGACCUGCGCGCAGCUGCCUGCGUGUACAUCCUGCACCACUUCGAGGAGGUGUCCCAGGUGUCCGAGGAGUUCCUAGACCUCUCUGCCGAGGAGCUGGCACACAUCAUUGAGAAGGAUGAGCUCAACGUGCGGCGAGAAGAAGCCGUGUUUGAGGCUGUGCUGAGGUGGAUCGCUCAUGACCCGCAGAACAGGAGGCAGCACAUCGCCUGCUUGCUCAGCAAGGUUCGACUGGCACUCCUACAAUCCGACUACUUCAUGAACAACGUCAAAGCUCACGAGUACGUGAAAGACAAUGCCAACUGCAAAGAUCUCAUCAUCAGUGCCCUGUCCGAAAUCUACGACCUGAACUCCUACGGCCAGAGUUCCUCAGUCAACGCCAACCCGCUCACCCGGCCACGCCUGCCCUAUGCCAUCCUCUUUGCCAUCGGCGGCUGGAGCGGGGGCGGCGCCACCAGCGCCAUCGAGACCUACGACGGCCGCACUGACAAGUGGCUGAACAUCCCCUGGGAGCAGGAGAGCCCCGUUGCCUACCACGGCUCGGCUUAUUUGAAAGGCCACGUCUACGUUAUCGGUGGAUUCGAUGGCACAGAUUAUUUCAACAUCGUCAAAAGGUUUGAUCCCCUCCAGAAGACGUGGCAGCAGGUAGCGCCCAUGCACUCACGGCGCUGCUACGUCAGCGUCACCGUUGUGGACAACUUCAUCUAUGCCAUGGGAGGGUUUGAUGGGUACAUGAGGCUCAACACAGCAGAGCGGUAUGACCCAGACACCAACCAGUGGACCCUGAUCACCCCCAUGCACGAGCAGAGGAGCGACGCCAGUGCAACCACGCUGAAUGGAAAGGUGUACAUCUGUGGUGGGUUUGACGGUGAUCAGUGCCUCAGCUCAGCUGAAGUGUUCAACCCCACCACAAACCAGUGGUCCCUGAUCGCCCCAAUGAGCAGCAGGAGGAGCGGAGUGGGGGUGAUGGCCUACGGGAACCAGGUGUACGCGGUCGGAGGGUUUGAUGGGAACAGCCGGCUGCAGAGCGUGGAAGCCUACAACCCCAUCGCCAACGCCUGGCACGCCGUGCCCUCCAUGCUAAACCCACGCAGCAACUUUGGCAUCGAGGUGAUGGACGGCCUGUUGUUCGUGGUGGGGGGCUUCAAUGGGUUCAGCACCACCGUUGCCACCGAGUGCUACGAGGAGGACACCAACGAGUGGUACGAUGCCCACAGCAUGGGCAUCACCCGCAGCGCCGUCAGCUGCUGCGUGGUGCCAGGACUCUCCAACGUCAUGGAAUACAUCGCCAGGCAACACUACUACCAGCACAGCUCCUCCAUGGACAUCUUGUUCACCAGCUCAACUCGGAGCUCGCCGUUGUAAAUAGUUCCCCUUAGCUAGGAGUGUUGUGAUCAGCCAUCAUUGGAUGCUUGUGUAAAUAGUUCUGCGUAUCUAAUAAAGUCUUCUGAGCAUCCCAUCACUGGACGCCUGGGUAAAUAGUCCUCUUUAGGUGAUACAGUCCCCGUGGCAGCAAGGGAGAAUGUUCUCUUGUUCUAAAAUAGAAAUAAUUGUAACAGGCCAAAAGGAUCAUUGGGAUUUCAAAUUUUCACUCAACAGCACUACCCAAUGUGAGUAUCAGCCACACCCUAUACAUCAACUUUAAAAAAAUCAAAAGCACAACAGAAUGCUAGAGAAAUAAAAGGUUUAUUUUCAUUAAUUCACCUCUUACAAUAAACUUUAGUACAGUGUAUUUAAGGUCAAGAACAGGACAGCAGGGUCUGUUUCAAAGGGCCUAUGACACACACUACUUUACCUCACAGGUAAGGACAGGAGUGCUGCUCCCCAGGAAACUUCUGUCCCUCUGUUAAUGACAGGAGAACAGAGCUGCUGCAACCCACAGUGACAUGGACCCACGAGGAGAAUCUGACUAUUAAUGGUCAUCAAACAGCUCGUUAGUUCCACACUCUACAUUCAUAUUAGUAACAGGGUUAGAUCCUCAAGAGCACCUUUUUUAUCAGAUUUCAUCCAGGACUAUGAAAUGGGAGAUUGGAUUUGUAGCCCAACCUAAGGUGGAGAGAGCUGAAAAUAAAUCCAAGCCACAGACCACUUUCUUUACACUUGCUUUUCAAAGCCCACGGGAUGUUACAACAUCCUGUUACAAGGCUGUAUUAAGAACAUAAAAAGUUCUAAUUCCUUGGGACUGGGUUUGUUUUCAGCCACCAGAGUAUUUCACAACACACAAGAUGAUCCAAGAGUUUGGAUUUUAACAUUUACUGUAAUGGAGAAAAAUGUCAUUGCAAUAGUCAAGCAGAAUGCUGGGUACAGCUGUUCACAGCACAUGUAACAUCGGGCUGUUUGCUUCAUCUCUGGAAUGGACUCCCACUAUGUGCAGAGGAGUCAUUAAAAACACAACCCCUGGCUACUAAUGGAGUAUCCAGGUAGUUAUAAAAUAUUAUGUACACACAUGGCCCCUGGGAGUUACUGAUCACCAGCACCUGGCAGGUGCCACUGGUACUGUGAACAGAAAGCCAGGACGUGACACGUGUUUGGUGGCAGGAAUCAGGACAGGUGUAGAGGUGUGAUUGUCCUGAGGAGGAGGAAAACUGCCCCCAAGGUUCUUUUCCCUCAGUGAGGCAGCAGCCAGCCUUCUCACCCUUACUGAACACACACUGGGAUCCUGCUGGCAGCUGACCAGCCUCCAGAAACACACGGGAGGCACUCCCAGGCUUUUGUUUAUGGGAUCAUUUGAUAAACACCCAGCAAGAUAUCGUGGUCAAGGGCACAAGGAAAUUGUUAUGGAUUCACAGGCUUGUGGGCUAAACUGCAGCCAGAGCCACGAAUGCAAUUCUCCCAACACCUCAUGUGAUGCAAUGGAUUAUUUGACCUAAGUCACAAACCACAUCUGUGCCACUGAUCCCCUGGGAUUCAAGGCUAAAAAACCCCAACUGCUUUAAACUAUCCCUGGAGUGGCAGAGCAAACACUGAGAACAGCCUGAGCUGCUGCCAGGCCCCACCCCAGGCACAUGGAGGGACAGCAGGCACACACAGCAUGCGGCUGGCACACACGGGUUACCUGUCCAGGGAUGGGCUCACUCUGGCUCUGAGGGGAGUGCUUUGAGUAAAUGCCACAGCUUGUCCAUCAGCCCAAAGUCCUCCUGGGAAUUGCAAUAUCAAUUUUUGCUUAGAAAAAGCAAAAAUCAAGGUUUGUUCUUGCCUCUUUGUUGCACAGUGCCAUGCAUUAAAUAUUCAGCUCCCGUUCCAACUGAAAGAACCAUCUUGGUGUUUCUCCCUACAAAUUGUCUGUAUUUGAUGACAGACUACAAGAGAGCUUGGAGAGAGCUGUGGUGGUGACCAGCCACUGUCCAACUGCCUGUUAAAUCCUGCCAGCUCGUUCUGCAGGGUGGAGGACGUGAACUCCUCUCCAUUGCUUUGGUGCAAAGUCUGGGAAAGCAUCUUAAAAUCAGCUCCCACAAACUGCUGUUACAUUGAUGGAUUCAGCACCAGAGGCAUUUGCACUUUAUCAAAAACUGCUGCAGGAGCAGCAAUUCUGCACCUACUCCAGCCAGAGCUGCAAGAGUCCAGGAGCAAGACUCCAUGGAUCAACCCCCAGCUUACAAGCCUGCAGCAGCUCUCUGGGAACAGUCAAACCUGCAAACAUCACCUUCAACUCACCUAUUUCCUCUUGCAUGAAGCCAGUAGCAUAGACUUCACCUGCCCCAACAACCAAACAGGCAAAGAAAAUAAAACAUGGUUACCACAGAGGAGUAAACCAAGAAAAACUGUUCAGAAUUUCAAUUUUGGUAGUUUUUUUUUUUUAACUAAGGCUGGAGACUCUCUCACAAACAGACAAAUUGCUGAUAUCAAAGUGGCCCACGAACCACAGAGUGGAGCAUUAAGGGAUGUACACAUCAGAGAAACCUUUACACACUGAGUGGUGGAAAGACUUACCCCAAGUUUCAGAUAUGAUCUGGGCUGCCUGUUGAACUGGAAAAGGAGAAGCAGCAGCUCAGGAAGCAGAACAAUUAAGACCAAAACAAACCCCAAAUUGGUUAAAAGUUCUUUGCAAAGAACUCACCCACAGCAAAACCACCAGCAAAUCAUCAACGAACCAAGAACAGUAACAGAUUUUCCAGAAAGGUUUGUCUACACAAAUUUUGUAAUACCCAGGUUACUCCUCCCAUUCCCUUCCCUAAGAUCCUGAGUUAA